GUCAGCAUGGCGGAUAUGUUUUCCACUUCAUGCUUUGCCUUUCAAUGUUUUAGAGUCAUCUCAACAUUAAAAUCACAAUCAUAGAAAAAAUACAAGAUUUAAAACACCGCAGAGCUGCAGCGAGCUGAAUCUGCAGAUAUAAAAAAAGGAUCUCUCCACCCCGCACGGCUCUUGGAUACGGAGCUGGCUAACGUUAGCUUCUGUCUGUCGUGACUUGUGACCCACUUUGCUUUGUUUCCCAGACUGACUGAGUGAGAUGAAACAUCAGGCGCCUGAACACAACACAACAUGGGUGACAUCUUAAGUCAAUGACUCUGACCCAAGUUCAAGGAGAUAAACAAUCAGCCUUAGUGGGGGGAAAAAACACACUAAAAACUAACAAUGGGGGAAGUGACUGUUGAAGUUGAUGAGGAAGUGACGAAACAAGACUUCUCCUUGGAGCCACUGCCAGAGCCACUACUAAUAAUCCUGUCCCCACCUCCACCUUUCUUAACUGUGCCUGGGAAACCCUCUAUGUUUUGGCAUAAGUGGCUUAAAGCUUUUGAACACUAUGUCGAAGCGCUCAACGAACACGAGCUCAGUGACUUCAGUAAGUGUUUGCUCUUGCAGAACUGCCUCGGUCUAGAGGGUCAGCGUAUAUUUACAGCACUGAUCCAAAGUGAAACCAUGUAUGCAGAAGCUAUUUCAGCACUGACUGUUCACUUUAGCGCUGAUCAGACCUUUCAGAUGUAUCGCCUCAAAUUUUACCAGAGGGCUCAGGCCCCUGAAGAGACUGUUGAUCAGUUUGUGUCUGCGUUAGAAGAACUGCUGAGGCCUUGCAACUUUGAAGACUCACAAGACAAACUUAUCCUGGAUCAACUGAUCAAGAAAACAAACUGCCCUCAGCUCAAAGAGAGGCUGCUGUUGGAGAGAGCAACUCUGACCUUGGAUAGAGCGUUAGUAAUUGGUAAAGAGGUCGAGUCUGAGAAAAGUGAACUGUUUGGUAUUCACGAGGUCAGCGUGGACAUCGAAGACGAUUUUGAUCCUCCUGUUCAAAAAAAGGCCAAAAGAGGACGACCUCGGAAAGGGGAGAGUAGGGCAAAAAUUAAGACUGAAUCACUCUUGACUAAAAUCACACCGAGACCAUCUAGAUGCAAAGAUAAAUAUUGUUACAUGGAUGAUAUGCUGUAUUAUAGUGGCAAUGAGGAAGAACAUUUUAAUAAUGAUGAUGAGAUGGAUCUGGCUUGUGAUAUAUCCAGCAAUGCCACAGUCAGUGUUGGUAUCGGAGACGUGUUUAACCCUCCUGUUCAAAAAAAGGCCAAAAGGGGUCGACCUCGAAAAGGAGAGAAAAAGGCAAAUAGUAAAACUGAACCAUGUACGACUAAAAUCUCUCCGAGACCAUCAAGAUACAAAGAUAAUUAUUAUUACAUGAACGAUAUGCUGUAUUACAGCGACAAUGUGGAAGAUAAUUCUAAUAAUACUGAGGAGACUAAUCUGGCUUGUGAUAAAUACAGUAUUAACACGGAGGAUGAUGAUUCAGCCGUGUCAUUAUCACAGAGGAUGGAGGAAGACGUUUCUGAAAAAGCAAGUGAUGGCGUUGAUGACGAUGAUGAUGAUGAUGAAGAAGACGAAGACUUUGUCACGUCUUCGACUAAACUUAAAGGGCCCUACUGUCCCAUCUGUGACAACAGACGCUUCAGAGAUGCACACAAGCUGGCCAGACACAUGCGGACGCACACCAAGGAGAAACCAUUCAACUGCCCCAUCUGCGCGACGACUUUCAGCCAGUCGUAUCACAUGACACGACACAUGAGGAACCAGCACAGUGCAGGCCCUCACAUCUGCUCCACUGUGGGAAAAGUUUAGAGACCUACUCAGAGCUGCAAAGUCACAAAAGAACACACGGACCAAGAGUUCAGUUGUGUCCAGUUUGUCAUGAAGAGUUUACAAAGGAAGGCGCAUAUUUCACUCAUUUGUUAUCACACAGCAAAGACCAGUCAAACCAGAUAGAGGGACAGAGUUCCCAGGAAAGUGAUGAGGUGAAUAGUGGAGAAAUAAUCCAAUCAUCAACAGGAGAAUAUCCUGAGAGUGAUGCUUGCAAUGAUAAUGUUCCUGAAAUUAGUGAUGACAUUUGUCACAGUGACUCUGAGGAAAAAGGGUCUGAAGUUAUGUUUAAGACUGAAAAGAAGGAUAUAAAUGAAGCUGAAUCUGAAGAUAGAGGUGCAGAGAAAGAGAAAGUCACAACUAAGACUAAAUCCAAGGAGCAUGUCUGUCCCCAAUGUCCCAACAGACGAUUCCGGGGGUCAAACAAACUUGCCAGACACAUGAGAACUCAUACGAAGGAGAAACCGUUCAGCUGCCCAGUCUGCUCUUUGACCUUCAGCCAGUCCUACCACAUGACCAGACACCUGAGGAACAAGCACGACCUUGGUCAGUACAUCUGUCCUAAAUGUGGGAAAAGUUUAAGUAGCUGGCUUGAACUGAAAACACACAAGAGGACUCACGCUGUGGAAGGCCUAACGUGUCUCGCAUGCGAUAAACAAUUCAAGGAGAAGUCUGCGCUUGUGAGUCAUCUCAAAAUACACAAAAAAAUUAACAACCCUCGAAGCCUUGUCUGUGCCGACUGCGGGAAAGUAUUUGGUAGAAUGUAUCAUUUGAAAAGACACAUAAUGAGUCAUCGUAAAGCGUCGAAUAGCGAGUGUUACACAUGUCCCGAUUGUCAGAAGACUUUCGCUUUCCCAGAAGACCUCAACAAACACUUGGAGGUUCACGUGAAAGAAAACAAUGGGACUUGUCCAAAAUGUGACGAAAAGUUCAGUAGUCCUGAAGAACUUGAGGCACACAUGGGGGCUCAUGAAAAGACAUACACAUGCAACACCUGUGGUAAGAAGUUUAAGGUGGAGUAUGCGCUGAAAAAGCACGAGCAGGGCCACCAGAAUGAGCAGUACUACUGUUCAUUGUGCCGUAAACGCUUCAUCAAGCUGUCUCACUAUAAAAGGCACAUCAUGGUCCACGACAGACGAGAAUCCAGAUGUCCACACUGUGACAGCGUCUUUUUACAGAUUACAGCUUUUAAGUAUCACCUGCGGACUCAUAAGGAAGAAAGACCAUACCAGUGCACAUGUUGUAUUGAGACCUUUGAGGAGAAGGAAGAUCUAGAUCAACACUGCCUCAAACACAGGAAAUUCAAGAAGCAGCGACCAUACUCGUGCACUCGGUGUGACAGUGCCUUCUGUUCUCUGAUCGAGCUAACAGACCACAUGAUCUCACACGAGGGCGAGCAGCCGCUGAACUGCCCCAUCUGCGGCAAGACCUUCCUGAACAAGAACAAGUUGGAUAAGCACCUGAGCAUCCACACAGGAGAGAGACCCCACCUCUGCUCCAUCUGCGGCAACGGCUUCCCCUCGGCUGCCAGCCUCAAGCUGCACGCCCACAUCCACACCGGAGAGAAACCCUUCCAGUGCUCACAGUGCAACAAGACCUUCAGGUCAUCCAGCGGGCUGCGGCUGCACAGCAGGCAGCACUUGGAGGUGCGGCCCAGCUACGAGUGCCCAGAGUGCGGAAGGACUUACGGCCGCAUGACGGAGCUGAAAAUGCACCAACGCUAUCACACGGGGGACAAACCAUAUGCCUGCACCUGCUGCAGCAAACGCUUUAUUAGCAAAGACAAACUGAAUGUUCACAUGAGGAUACACACGGGGGAGAGGCCGUACUCCUGUCCCCACUGUGGACAGACCUUCACACAGACUGGGGACAGAAACAGACAUAUCAGUAAAUUCCACUAAUAAGAUUCUGUAGUAACAGAAGCUUUGGUAGCUGCUUCUGAAUGAUUGUUACGGUGAUUUUGCAUGUUUGUAGGGCUUUUUUAAAUUUACCAGCACAGCCUGGGCCAUAACAUCUCUUCUAAAUUAGGGAACACUUUGAGGUGUUGGCUUAAACUGAGAGCACAUAAAAUCGAAUUGAGUUGAAAGUCAGCCGUGUCUUGCGUAUUGUUGAUUAUUAAAGGUAAGACACACGAGAAGGUGCAGAAAUCAAAUGUAUCUUAGCAUACAGUAUAUAUUGUUAAAAAAAAGUCGAACUCCCUCUACGUUUAUCGUUGUUAGCUCUUCAUUCCUUCAGACUACGUGACGCUUGCUUCAGCUUGUUUAUGUGUCACUCAGAAGCUCAAACUUGUUUCAUACAAGUAAACCCCUCUCUCUCCAAUGGUUAGUGUGCUGAGGUACAGAGGAGGUUUGUCCAAAUAUAAGUUUUGUAUUGGUCUGAGAGACUCGUGCUUAAGUGCUACAUGUACUGGACCCUCUGAUAGUCACAGAUUAUGCCUUUAAAGCCUAAGGCCCCGUGUCCACUAAGCGUAUUUUUCUGAGCGCCAGCAUCUUUUUUUCAAUAAGAUAAAAACAGCAGCAGC